AUGGUGUGGGAAAAUUGUAAUGUAACUUUAAACAGUGGUGAAGGCGGAAUCUUAUACACAGGCGAAAUUGUUACUGGAUCUGUUAUUAUAGAAUUUAAAAAGGAACAAAAAAUUGAAUAUGUUGAGUUCAAAGUUAUAGGUAUAACCAAGGCUAGAUGGUCAAGAGUAAUGCCUACAGUUCCAUAUUUGAGGAUUUAUUCGGGAAAGUGUAAAGUUCUGGAUACAACCGUUAAUAUUUUUAGUGAAAUCAAUGGUAAAAAGAUACAGCCGGGGAUGAAAAAUUUUCAAUUCCACUUUAACCUACCAAGUGAUUUGCCAUCGACGUUCAAAAGUUCUAUUGCUAAAGUGUAUUAUUACAUUAGAAUAAAAUGCAAAGGAUCUUUUAAUCGUAAUAAGAUAAAAAUUGUUCCAUUUGUCGUUAUGAGCAGCGUGGACCUUAACCAUCGAGAUGAUAUCAAGGUACCAAUGAUAUUUGAGAUGAGUAAAGCAUUCACAUCAUCGGGAACGUUUUUAAUGUAUUUUAAAACGUAUAGAGGAUUCGCUUCGAAGCAAAGAUUGACUUUUGAAAUCGAUAUUCUUAAUGAGAAGAAAGUUAAAAUAAGUAAAAUUGUUGUAACAUUAAUUCAGAAACUUGAAUAUACCGUCUCUACGGGGUAUGCGAACGCCGAGAAAAAAAUAUGCAAAACAGAACAUAAUGCUUUGUGGAAUAAUAUAAAAGAGAGCGCGCGAAUAUAUAUGGACGUGCCGCAAACAGCUCCAUCUAGUAUUAAUGUAGUAAAUCCAAUGAUUGACAUUUCCUACGUGCUAAGGGUGGAAGUUAUUUUCAAAUUUCACUUCACGUUACUUAAAGAUAUCCCAGUCACAAUAGCAACGGUUCCUGUUUUGCAUUAA